AGACAGGAUCCCCUGGCUAGACCAGACCACCUGACACUUCCCAGGGGCACAGCUCCUCAAACAGUACAAGUGAUCUGUCCUCCGACUCGCCCUCCUCAGGGAGGAAGGCUCAAGCUUCUCCUUCCCCCUCCUUCCACGAGAAGGUCUGGGUUCUCAUGCCCCAUUCAGGUCCACAGACUCCCCCAGGUAUCUAUCACCCUCGUGAGGACGCACCUUGUGGCCAGCCUGGCAGUCUGGAGCUCCCCCAAGUCCCGCUUAGAUGAGACCAUGACUUCUACCACACCCUCUUGGUCUGGACCUCUGUUUCCCCACACACCCCAGAAGGACCUCAGAAGAUGGCCCUCAAGUCCAGGAAAGCACAUCUGAAACGGACUGCCCACAGCCAAUACCCAGCAGACCGCACCCUGGCCCAGCCUCCAGCCUACAUAUGACCCAUAAAUUCUCCCAGCUGAACAAACACAUUUUAUGGGGCCUGGGGACACUUCCUAGCCUCACUGUUCCCACCUUCCCGUGUCCUACUCUGGCCAGGCCAGCUCCCCAACACCGCACCUCUCUGGGACCCCCAAGCCCCAUCCUUAAGUUUCCCUCCACCUCCUACCCCUCUCCCCCAACUCCCGCCACAAGGAGGGUGGAAAGUUUCUUCUCUUAUCAGCCGUUUUACUGCCCCCUCCUCCCUGGUUACACAGUAAUUGGGAACAGAACUCUGGCAAGAACGGGUUGAUCCUAUCAGUUUGCAGUCGACAGUUUACUAGACAGAGGGAAAGGGUCCCCUCAGUGAGGACCCAGGAGGCAGGUAAGAGGUGUGCAAACAAGAGGGGGACAGAAAGGACCCCCAAAGGAAGGGAAAGGAGCCAGGAAGGAGCCUACCGAGAGGCUUGUGCAGUGAAGUCGGGGAGAGAGCAGAAGAAAGUGCUGGCUGGACCAGAGACACCAGGAGAGGUUCAGACACCAGCGUUCAGCCCAGCCCCGGCACAGAGAGCCAGCCUGGCGGUGACCCCGCGACCCUCUUCGGAAGCCUCCACCUGCAGGUGCUCUGGGAGGAAGGCCUGUUCUGGAAUCUGGGAGCAGCAGAAGCCAGAGGAAUCUAGGAGGAUUUCUGGGGGCACCCCUCAAGCUGCAGUGUGGCCCAGGGCUGGGUUGGCCACCUGGGGCUCGCCGGUGGCACUCCAGCCUUCCAGAGGUCUGGCCGGAGCCAGCAGGAAAGAGCCACACGACAGAGAAAGGGUAAAAGUGGACACUUUGCCUCCAGAUCUCCUCUGGGGGCAGCCUCCCUUUUCCUUCCAGCUCUUUUGCCCUGUUCCCCACUGGCCAUGACUUCAGGGUCCCUGGCCUAGGCUGGGGACUGUGAAAGUGACCACCUCGGAGAAGACCCGUCACAGUAGGACUGAAUUCAGUUUAGCAAUGGCGAUUCCUUUGAUGCUGAGUCAACGAGGGCUCUAAGCCCAUGGGCACGGGCACAGCCCCUUCCAGCUUUCCCAACGGGACCAGCAUCCUUGAUCCCAAGAUGUUUUGAGGUGACUCACAGAAGUACCCAUGGAGACAUAACCGUGCUGGAUAAUCCAACGUGAGAAUCUCUGUUCACCUCUGCUCACCCUCUUGUCCAGGAGUUUCAGGAAAGCAAGGACCCCUCCCUCCACGGGCAUUGGCCCCUCUUCCCCCUCGCAGCUGCCCACGGAGGGUGCCAAGGCAGGCUCUGAUCUCCACGGGAGAUGGAGAGGAAGAGUUUGGGGUGCUAUGAGGCCCCAAAGAAGCGGGGCCUGUCCUUCUCCAUUGAGGACAUCUUAAAGAGGCCAGCUGAGAGGAGUGAUGUGGUCAAGCCAGAAGGGGCAAGUGGACAGGGCACCAGGCAGGCAACAGCUGCAGAUUUCGGGCCAGAAAGACCCCCACAGGACCAGCCCAAAGAGGGGAAGAAGGGUAAGCGGAGGCUCCGAACCACCUUCACCACAGAGCAGCUGCAGGAGCUGGAGAAGAUCUUCCACUUCACUCACUAUCCUGACGUCCACGUCCGCAACCAGCUGGCGGCCAGGAUUAACCUCCCGGAAGCACGUGUGCAGAUCUGGUUCCAGAAUCAGCGAGCCAAGUGGCGGAAGCAGGAGAAGACCAACAGCCUUGGGGCUUCGCAACUGCAGAGUGAGGCCGGCUUGGCCCCGUCCACAAACCCGGAUGUGGCCAAACUGGACUCUGAGAAGCAAAGUGACUUUUCCGAGACAAACAGUUGCUGUAAAUGCUGGAAUGAGGACCAGAUUUCCUGGCCCCCCUGGGCAAGCACUUCUUCCCAGGGCCCCAUACUGCCACCCCCUGCACAGCCCAGGCUGCUUCCUCUCACCAGGUGCUGUCCACGAGCUCAAGGUCAACUGACCUCUGCCUGGCUCCCCACCCAGAUUGCCCUCCUCCCAUGCCACCCAUGGGAGACACAGCCUCUGCCGGGCCCUCUCAUCAUCCAGCAGACCUGCAUCCCUACAUUCUGCUUGUUCCCACCUCCGCACCCCAGAGGAGGCAGCAUCUGUACCACCUCCAUAACACAGACUGGACAUCCUCUCCUGAGUGGAGCCUCUCUCCUCUCCAGAUGAAAACAGGUGGCGGGAAAGUGACCAGGUCUCUGGGGGAGUCAAUCUCAUGAUUCAGAGAUGACCCACAGUUCAAAAAGCCACCCUGAGCAUGUCCUUCGGCAGGUUGCUUCAGAUUCAGCAGCAAGGUGACCAGUAAAGGAAGCUCUCCUCUCUCCUGGCCAAUGUGGCCCUCCUGCUUCAGACAACAGAUGCUAUGUGAGGUCUCAGGAUGAGCCCUGGAAGGAAGAGGUUGCCCUCUUGCACCUGUGCUUCCUUUACGUGGUUGUGUGACCUCCAGUCAGUCGCUCGCCCCUCUGGACUUCAUCUGUAACACAGGCAGUUGCACAAGAUGACUCCUGAGCACCCUUCUGGCCCUUACCUUGGUGAGAUGAACCAUGGUGAGAACAGAAGCACAGAGAAGGCCAAGGAGAGGUUGUUUGUUCACUCACUCAUAAGACACUUAUUAAGUACCUACUGAGUGCUUCAUAAGUGGAACUGGAUAUUGGCAUGAACAACUGAGGCUCUACCCACAAAAGCUCGGUCCAGGAUGACCAAAAGGGUAAUGCUGACCUUCCCCUGCAGGCAGAACAUUCACUCAAUGACCUUGCAAGAGGCCCACGGCUAACACAUUCUGUUUGGCAUUGAUAUGAAUGUUCUAAAGAGGAAGAGACAUACAGAAACAUUUCUUUAAAACUUUAAACAGAAUUUAGUGUCUUUGGUUAUUCUGCCGGGCUGUGGAGGGAUGUUGUCAUUUCUAGUUUGGAUGAAGGGAAAGAUAGUAAGCUCUUGUCACAGUUCAUCUUCCCAGGACCUUGCAAGGGGUCCAGUUAGAAAGCCAGCCUCACUCUAUGCUGAAAAGCCUAAGAAAGAGGGAGAGAAGGAGAAAGAGAAAUUGAUUUUUUUUAAUAUAAGGAAUUAGCUUUCACAGUUACGGAAGCUGAAAAGUCCCAUGAGCAGCAGUUGGCCAAUUGAAAAUGGAGACCCAGGAGAGCAGAGGGUAUCAGCUUCAGUGUGAGACUGAAGGCAGAAGCUCCAUGUCCCAGCUCAAAGACAAUCAGGCAGAGAGAGCAAAUUCUUCCUUCCCGCACAGUUUUGUUCUAUUCAGCCCUCAAUGGAUUGGAGGGGGAAGGCCAUCUGCUUUACUCAGUCUACUGAUCACAGUGUUCAUCUCAUCCAGAAACACCUUCACAGACAUACCCAGAAUAAUGUGAAGCUGAAUAUCUAGUUACCCUGUGGGCCAAUCAUGUUGACACACAAAAUUAACCAUCCCAGGCUCCAUCCCCUUUCCUAGGCACAUAUCCUCCCUCCAAGCAUAAGGGGUUCAGGUGACCAGAAUGCCUCAGCUUCAGUACAGAUGUGAACGUUGGUUUUAGGGGGCCACCUCUUCCACUCUAGGUGUUCCUUUUCCCCCAAGAACUAUUUUCUUAUCUUUACCUUAUAUCUGUGGGGCAAAUGAAUCACUUUAGCACUCUUACCAGCUGUGAAAAUUUGGGCAAGAGACACAUUACCAGGACUUCCCUGGUGGUCUAGUGGCUAAGACUCCAAGCUCCCAAUUCAUGGGGACUGGGUUCAAUC